CUACAUCUGACAUGUCAUAUGCCGAACAAAGGUUAGGUAGUGAUCGUAUUAAGGGCGCGUACGCAUGGAGAUCUUUUAUAGAUGCAGGAGUAAAAGCAUUUCCGCUGUCUUCCGAUUUUCCGGUAGAACAUGUGAAUCCGUUUCUAGGUUUCUAUGCAGCGGUUACUCGGAAGUGGCCGAAUGGCGAUUCGCCACAUGGUAAAGGUGGAUGGUUUCCUUCACAAAAACUUACCCGUGAAGAGGCGCUAAGUGGAUUUACCAUUGACGCUGCAUACGCUGGCUUUAGUGAAGACAUUGUGGGUUCAAUAACGAAAGGAAAAUUCGCAGAUUUCUUGGUGCUAGAUAGAGACAUUAUGAAAGUACCAGAAGAGGAGAUAAUUGGCACUACAGUGUUGGCCACUAUCUUUGGUGGUCGAGUU